AUGCCGUACAUAGCAGCUUCGAACUCCCAGAGUGAGUACGACCUGCUCAAGGAAAAACAUUCAAUAAGCGAGAAGAGCUCAGCAGAGCUCUCUGACACGCCCCCAGAAGUGGGACGAGGAGCGGAAGAAGCGGAUCAGGACCCUGAAUCAUGCGUUUCGGAUAAGCUUCAAGGGGAUGAAAUCCACAGCGAACAGACACAGAAUACCAUUGCAAGCGAUGGCCAGAAACCUAAGAAGCAGAUUGAUUUGCCACUAGCAGUGAAACUGGCGUCAUCUGGCGUUCUUGCCCUUCCGAGUAGCGAGUACGACCUUCGGGAGCUGUUGAGCUUUCCUAAUGAGUCAACACAUGCUUACUCUUACAAUCCCCUAUCGCCAAACUCGCUAGCCGUGCGGCUCCGAAUUCUUAAGAGGUCUCUCGAAAUCAUGAUUCGCAAUCCGAGUCUUUUGCAUGAACAUCACACAGAUAAUCACUUGCGGGUUCGCACCCCUAAUGGGAGUAGAGUGGAAUUCUCCUUCAGUGAUCGCGGCUCCCGUGAUACACUCAGUCGCCCUGACUUAAAAAAGAUCUUUAGCCAAGACAGCAUGGUUCCUUUAUCAAAGUCCAAGCUCACGAAUGCUUCGUCGGCCGCUUUAUCUGCUUUGGUCAACAGCAAUGGACAAAGCAAUGUGAACCUCCCAGACUCACAUCAACUACUUAGCAGACAUUUAUCAUCAUUUCAAUUAGGCUCGCCGUCAUCACAAAGAAGUACCAACUCACCUUCAAUAAUAUUGCGAGACACCCCCAAUAGCACAUCUUCGAACUCCCCACGAACAUCUGUCGAUGAAUCUGCUACUUCUUCGGAUUUUGAAGCAGCUUCCCACCAAGAGUCAGGGUCAUUGUAUAUGGCAAAGAGCAAUUCAAGUUCAGAAUACUUGGCAAACAAAAGUGAUUUGGUUAGUUUGUUGGACAUAUUAAAUGAGACUCUCGAAAACAAUAGUUCCGAAAAGGCUUCAAAUCUUCACAUGAUAUCAUUAUUGAAUUAUAACAAACUAUCGCUGGACGUAGAUCAUGUGGGGGACAAUGUGUCCAAUGCGCACAGUGACAAGCACGAGGAGACUUUGAAGAAGAACCUUUUAGAAAGUUUAGCUCAACCCUUUUUCGAAUCUUUCAAUCCAGAAGUAAUCCCCGAAGAAGUUGAAGAGUUAAAUUCAACAGAUGAGGACAAGCUCAUCAACGAUCCAUUGGCAUUAGCGGCCCCAAGGACGGGACCCGAGAGUAAUCGUAUUUUGCAUACUUUUGUCUCUGGCAAAAACUCCUCUCCUCAGGCGAUUUUCACAUGCCUUCAACAAUACCCUUGGCAGUUCAAAGCCGCAAAUGAUCUGGCCUGUUUAAUAUUUGGUAUUUCAAAAAACGCACUUCGUGCACUAACCCUGCUGGAUUUAAUUCAUAGUGACAGCAGAAAUUUUGUAUUAAACAAAAUCAUGUCCACAGAAAACCAAGAGCUUGUAUUCACUGGUGAAAUUGUUGGUAUCAUACAACCCGGUGAUGCAUCCUCUCAAUUAGUCUGGUCAUCUAUCUGGGCAAAAAGGAAAAAUGGUCUAAUUGUGUGUGUUUUCGAGAAAGUUCCAUGUGACUAUAUGGACGUUCUCCUCGAUCUAGAAGACUUUUCAGUCGAUAGCAUACUUGGGGGAGAAUCUCUCAAGUUGGCUAAAGAUGAAGAAACACAACAACAGCAAUUGCCUGUUUCUCCAACAACAGGUGAUUACGUCCCAAAGAAAAAGUCUGUGAAAUUUACUAAUGAGAUUCAUGAUGUUAAUGUACUGAGUAAAUCGUUAGCCCAUCUCAUCAACGAUGUGCAGGAGGGAAAAGUAUUUUCAAAAGACGAUGACCUACUUCCAAUGUCCAUUAGAGUUUCUAAUAACAUUAACAAAGUGAGAUACUUUACCUUAAACCACCUCACCUACAAUAUCCCCUGUGCAGUCUCCUCUUCAAUUUUAGAGAGUGAAAUGAAACUGAAAAUUCACAGCCUCCCUUAUCAGGCGGGUAUAUUCAUAAUCAACUCCAACGAUUACAGCUUAAUCAGUUUCAACAAAUCUGUAUCGAAAAAUAUGUUUGGUUUGCAUGCGAAGGAAUUAGUCGGUAAGAAAGUAACGAAAAUUGUUCCCAGCUUUAGUGAGCUUUUAGAUUUCAUUCGGUUGAAAUACCCUAAUUUGGAUGUAACUUUGCCCAAAAAUAAGGGAUUGGUUUUAACUGAGCACUUUUUCCGUAAAAUUCAAGCUGAAAUAUCUAAUGGUGCUGAGAGUUUCUACAACUCUAUUGGGAUCAAUGCAAUACACAGGGAUGGUAGCAUCAUUAAGGUUGACAUUCAACUGCGGGUAAUGGACUCUUCUAAUGCCCUUCUCUGGAUCACACAUUCGCGCGAUGUAGUCUUCGAGAAUUACACGACAAAUCCUUCUCAAUUACGUAUGCUUAAAGAAAAUGAGCUAGCAGUGGUUGGAAGUGGUAGCAGUUCCGAGGCCUCAUCAAAGAGACCUAGUAGAAAGAUUCAUGUCAAUGAUUUCCAGGCUUUGAAGGAAAAUCUAAAGCUGGAUGGUAGUACAGUUGGAAACAAUAGUGAUACCGGCAAGCAGCACCAGCCCAACAUAGAGGAGCCACCAGAUACCCCAACCGAUGAGAAUCCCAAACGCAACUCAAUUUGUGACAUAAGUGAUCUGGACGAACAGCUUGCCGCUAAGCUUGAAAUAGCAAAGAAGUAUAGCCAAGACAAGUCACAGUUUGUCAAAGAUGAUAACUUCAAAUUGGAUGAAGAUUUGAUUUUAUCGCUAACCUCCACUUCGCCACGGCCCGAUUCCGAUGCUCCAACAUUUGCCAAAUCUAAUCCUGCUGCAACUUAUUCUGAUCAUAGAACCGAAGAAGGUACCGUAUUUCUAACUACACCCGAACAUAACAUCGGGGCUCUUAAGCACAUUAAAACCUUUUCUGAUUUUGUCGUGUUGCAAAAAAUGGGUGAGGGUGCUUAUGGAAAGGUAGACUUAUGCAUGCACAAAAAGGACAAGUAUGUUGUCGUUAUCAAGUUAAUCUUUAAGGAAAGAAUUUUAGUUGAUACAUGGGUUCGGGAUCGCAAAUUGGGGACAAUUCCUUCGGAAAUUCAGAUAAUGGCUGCUUUGAACAAGAAACCACAUGAAAACAUCUUAGUUUUGUUGGACUUUUUCGAGGAUGAUGACUAUUAUUAUAUAGAAACGCCGAUACAUGGCACUACUGGCUCAAUCGAUUUGUUCGAUCUGAUUGAACUUAAAACCAACAUGACUGAGCACGAAGCAAAGCUUAUUUUCAAACAAGUGGUUUCGGGAAUCAAACAUCUUCACGAUAAUGGAAUAGUCCACAGGGAUAUUAAAGAUGAGAACAUCAUUGUAGAUAACAAGGGAUGCGUCAAGCUUAUCGACUUCGGCUCGGCGGCCUAUGUGAAAAGCGGUCCUUUCGACGUUUUUGUCGGAACAAUUGAUUAUGCAGCACCUGAGGUACUUGGUGGAGAGCCUUAUGAGGGGAAACCUCAAGAUAUUUGGGCUUUGGGGGUUCUGCUGUAUACGAUCAUUUUCAAGGAAAAUCCUUUCUAUAAUAUUGAUGAAAUUUUGGACGGCGAUUUAAGGAUCAGUUCAAGCUCUGGCGUCAGUGAAGACUGUCUUGUAUUGAUACAGAAAAUCCUCAAUAGGUCGAUACCGAAGAGACCAUCGGUCGAUGAUAUUGCUAAUGAUAAAUGGUUAGAGGUCUAG